AUGGCUGGUGAGAAGUGUUUAGCCAGGCCCAUGUUAGGUCGCACGCGUCUUUGGAUUAGCCGCCGUGUUUACAGACUCCGUAAAACUUUGCCGGGUCGUCUCCCGUAUGAGUGGAUAUAUUAUGGUCGCACGAUUCUUCUCUUUGGAUUAGCCCUGGUGACAGACCACCCGUACUGGGCCGUUGUCGUCCCGAGUAUGAGUGGAGAUAUAUGGGAUGUGAUGUGGCUGGUGAGACAUGUGCCAGCCCAAGUGUGA